AUGGCGUGUAUCCCAGGAUUCCUGGGUAACAUGCUGACCAUCUUUGUGCUGUGCCGCAGGAACAUGCUGACCUCUACAAACGCUUUCCUCAGCGCCCUGGCUGUCUCCGACUCCAUCAAGCUGGUCAAUGACAUCAUGUACAUUAUGGUCACCGUCUUCUUGCACACGGAUAAAGAACUGGGCAGAAUAGCUUAUGGCUAUCUAUACCCAUAUGCUCAUUUCAUAUUUAGUAUGUCUGUUUGUGUGUCGUCGUGGUUAACUGUAUCAGUUGCCAUCGAAAGAUAUAUCCUUGUGUGUCAUCCAACAAGAGCCAGGGCUUUCUGGAACCGAAAACGGGCUGUUUGGCUGUGCGUGUUCAUCUAUGUGAUUAUGACGAUUCUAGCUUUGCCUUCGGCUUUAAGAUACAGAACCAUCAAUUGUAUCGACAGGAUCACUAACGUGACGCGGUUGGAGGUUGAACUGACAGAAAUCUGGCGAAACCAGCUGCUGGCUACAACUUAUGAAUGGGUACAGAGCCUUCUGAGAUCAAUCAUUCCUUUGAUCAUCCUCGUUGUGCUCAACGUGUGUAUUAUCUGUGCGCUGAAGCGAACCAAAACCAACCGCGGAAGGAAUCCGCGGCACCGUGUCACAAUCAUGAUGAUCGUGGUGAUUCUUGUCUUUCUGAUCUGCAUCACCCCUGACGCCCUCUUGUCCACGGUUUUUAAGUUUGGAUAUCACGAGGAAGGAUAUUUAGAAAAGGGGAUUAGAGAAAUUACUGACUCCCUCCUGACAAUCAAUGCAGGUGUAAAUUUUAUCAUCUAUUGCGUGUUUAACCAAGUUUUUCGUAAAAGCUUUACGCGAAUAUGCUGUCCAACUAGCCGACCUGUAGGUUGGAUCACAGAGUUGGACGAAUCAACCUACAGAAGGCUGUCCGAAGCCAAGUAUCUCCUUUCCACUAAUAACAACUCCCCACCGCGCCGAAAUACGCCACCUAAACCAAAAUCUGGAAGGCAUCUUCAAGAAAACCAUAGAGCAUUGAACUCGGGGGUGGGGACUAACAUGACCUUAAGGAAACCGUCUGAAGAAAAUAAAUGUUCUUUGAAUAGCUCCGCCUGGCAGGACCUUUCAAGACAGAGUUCGCCGUUGAUAACAUCAUCAUCUUCGUCAUUGAGUGAAAACUGUAGUCCCUACACGACACACAUCAACCAACAGCAUCUUCAGUAUCAACACCGAGCAUCAUCUGGUGGCUUGAAGAAAUCAAGAAACAGUGUUAAAAGUAAUCGCGCUAAGAACAAAGCCAAGGUUACGUUCCUUGAAAACGAUGAACUCAUGGAGGAUUUCACCGGUGAUGACAGCCAGUGCUCCAGGCAACAAGUUAAACAACAUAAUACCAUGACAGAUUUGCCUUCCAGCGUCUCGGGCCAGUAUGAUUCCUUAACAGAUAUGCCUUCCAAUAUCCGGUGGCAACAUGAUUCCGUAACAGAAAUGCCUUCCAGAGUCUUUGGGCAAAACAGUUCCGUAAAAGAUUUGCCUUCCAAAGUCUCUGGGCAAUACGGUUCCGUAUCAGAUUUGCCUUCCAAAGUCUCUGGGCAAUACAGUUCCGUAACAGAUUUGCCUUCCAAA